UCAUUUGUUAAUGCAACUGGAAAACGAAGUCGAUUUUUUCAUUUUUCUAUCCAGAAAUGAAAUGAAAGCCACGACGCUAGACUGAUUCAACGCUCUCUCUCUUGCACUGUUGAGGCUUGUUCGCUAUGAGCUCCGUCGAUGCGAAUAGAGAACAACGAGGUUCAUCAUCAACCAUGGUGGAGAAAUCUCAGUCUAAGGCACUUCUGUUUCUGGCAUACCAGAGUUUGGGAUUUCUGUUUGGUGACCUGACCCUCUCCCCUCUUUAUGUCUAUCAAAGUAUAUUUUCUGGAAGACUCAAACAUGAUCAAAAUGAGGAUGCGAUAUUCGGUGCAUUUUCGUUGAUAUUUUGGACUCUUUCCCUUUUUUCUUUGUUCAAGUAUGCAGUUUUCAUGUUGAGUACAGAUGAUAAUGGUGAAGGGGGAAUUGUUGCUCUAUAUUCACAGCUUUGCAGAAAUGCGAAAUUUUGUUUGCUUCCCAAUCUUCAAGCAUCGGAUGAGGAGCUUUCUACAUAUCACAAAAAUGGUUGCUCAAAUAGAAAUAUACCACCCUCACCCUUGAAAAGAUUCAUUGAGAAACAUAAGAGUACAAAAAUAGCUUUGCUUAUUUUAGUUUUACUGGGUGCUUGCAUGGCAAUUUGUGUUGGUGCUAUCAUGCCUGCCAUUUCAGUGCUUUCAUCGGUUGAAGGGCUGAAAAUUGAAGCGAAGAUUACAAACAAUAGUAUGGUGCCUCUUAUUUCUUGUGUUCUACUGGUUGGGCUCUUUGUACUGCAACACCGUGGCUCCCACAAGGUUGCCUUCAUGUUCCCUCCCAUAAUCAUCCUAUGGUUACUGUCUAUUUUCAUGAUUGGCAUUUACAAUGUCGUCAAGUGGAAUCCAAGAAUAUAUCAGGCUCUUUCUCCAUAUUACAUAUACAAGUUCUUUCGGGUUACAGGAAAAAAAGGUUGGAUUAAUCUUGGAGGAGUAUUUCUAUGUGCUACAGGCACUGAAGCUAUGUUUCAAGACCUUGGGUACUACAGACGAGCACCUGUAAGGGUUACAUUUUUUUCUAUCAUUUAUCCAUGUCUAAUUCUUCAAUACAUGGGGCAAGCUGCUUUUCUUUCGAAGAAUUUAUCUGCACUACCUAUAAGCUUUUAUGCUUCUAUUCCAGAUAUCCUAUUUUGGCCUGUAUUCGUGGUGGCUGCUUUAGCAGCAAUAGUUGCAAGUCAGGGCGUCAUCUCUUCAACAUUCUCAAUUGUUCAACAAUGCCAUGCAUUUGAAUGUUUCCCUCGUGUUAAAGCAGUUCAUUCCAGAAGGUGGAUCCCUGGCCAGACAUACAUACCAGAGAUAAACUGGAUUCUUAUGAUAAUCUGCCUGGCUGUGACAAUUGGUUUUGGGGACCCAAUCCAUAUAGGAUAUGCGUAUGGAAUUGCGAGUCUGUUUGUGGUAUUUGUGACCACAUGGUUGACGUCACUGGUCCUCAGUCUUGUAUGGAAUCAAAGUCUAUUAGUUUCUCUGGCAUUUGUUUUAAUUUUUGGUUCGAUCGAGGUUAUCUUCCUUUCAUCCUAUUGCAUGAAAAUCCCGAAAGGUGGCUGGGUUCCGCUUGUGCUCUCUGCGGUCUUCAUUUUUGUUAUGUAUGGGUGGCAAUAUGGUUCUAGAAAAAAGUAUUUAUUCGAUAUGCAUAACAAAGUUUCAAUGAAAUCAAUCCUUACAUUGGGUCCUAGUCUUGGGAUUGUUAGGGUUCCUGGAAUGGGCCUUAUCUAUACUGAAUUAGCUUCUGGAGUCCCUGCCAGUUUUACUCAUUUCUUGACAAAUCUGCCAGCUUUCUAUCAAGUGGUUGUUUUUGUUUGUGUUAAGACUGUCCCCGUGCCUUCUGUACCCCAUGAGGAACGUUACAUCAUUGGCCGAAUUGGUCCCAAAUCUUUCCGAUUAUAUCGGUGCAUUGUCCGAAAUGGCUACAAAGAUGUUUAUAGCCAUGAAAAUGAUUUUGAAAAUGACCUGGUGAUGAGCAUAGCAGAAUUCAUUCAACUGGAAGCUGAAGGUAGUUAUGGAAGCCUAGAUGGCGCUGUAGAUGGCCGGAUGGCAGUGGUUAGGACGUCUGGGAAGUUUGGUACAAGAUUGCUAAAGACAGAAUCUUCUAGCUUUGAAGAAGGCUGCAGUAAUAGCCUUCCUGGGACUUUGACUGUUACUAACAGUAAAUCUCCAACGUUGAUGAAGCUGCAGGCGAUGUAUGAGCAGGAAUCACCUGAACUCAACAAUAGACGAAGGAUUCGAUUUGAGGUGCUAAAUACAAUCUAUAAAGAUCCACGUGUCAAGGAAGAGCUCAUGGAACUUGUGGAAGCCAAGCGUGCUGGAGCAGCGUAUGUAAUAGGUCAUUCUCACGUAAAGGCUAAGUGGAACUCUUCAUUUGUUAAGAAGUUUGCUAUCAACAUGUACUCUUUUCUCCGAAAAAAUUGUCGGUCCCCUGCUGUAGGACUAAACAUUCCUCAGAUUUGUCUGAUUAAGGUAGGGAUGAAUUAUCAUGUCUAGCAUAAGUGGAUGACAAUAUCUUGACUUGGAAUGAAAUAUAUGCAAGCCAGAAUAGUAUGCCCCUGGGGCACCACUGGCAAUAUUAUGCUACUUGGGUAGAUUCAACAUAAGUGGAUGUCACUCAAGAGUAUCCUCUUGGCAUGUUCAAAAACAGAGCUGUACUUAAUAUCCAUGAUGUUUUGAUUUUGUCAUGGCGCUGACAAGGUAUGUAAAUGACUAAAUUGUUGGAUAAGGAGUUUUGUUGGGGGUUCUGUACCUGUUUAUUGUGUCUGGGCUUCCCAAAUUAUACUAGAGUCACCUCUGUUCUAUUUUUGUUAAAUACCUUUGCAUGUAGGAAGCAUACACAAGUCAGCUGCA